AUGACGAGUGUAGCAGCCCAACCCGCCACGGCUGGGAACUCGGCCUCUCACCCGUACACGUGCAACACCUGUCAGGUCGCCUACCGCAACAUCGAUCUCCAGAAAGGCCACAUGAAGAGUGACUGGCAUCGGUACAACCUCAAGCGCCGAGUAGCCUCGCUCCCCCCCAUCUCUGCCGACGUCUUCACCGAAAAGGUUAUUUCGGCUCGUGCUGCGACUACAGUUGAGGCCGAAAAGGCCUACUUUGAGCGCGGCUGUGAGGUGUGCCAGAAGACGUACUACAGCGAAAAUGCCUUUCAGAACCACCUCAGCAGCCAGAAGCACAAGCAAAAUCUUGCGUCCGUCAGCCAACGCCCUGAUGAUGAGACCACAUCCGUUGUCAGCUCGACCUUCACGCUGGGCGACCCGGUGCCUGUCCGCCGCCACUCUGUCAACUCCGAUGCCGAGCAAGAGUUCAACCAGGUCGUCGAGGGGUUCCAGCGAACAAGUAUCUCCAAGAGCGAGAUGCGGCCCUCACCUGUGAAGCGUCCCUCGAACCCCCAGCCCGACAGGAACGGCGACACUGCGGCCGACCGCGAGUCGAACAACGCGACUCCGGUACAGGCCCCGGCGGAGCCUUCCUGGUCGCUCACGUCGUGCAUAUUCUGCAACUACAACUCGACCACUGUACCCCUCAACGUGCAGCACAUGGAGCGUUUCCACGGCAUGUUUAUCCCUGAGAAGGAGUAUCUUGUCGAUCUUGACGGACUUGUCAAGUUCCUGCAGGAGACUGUCCACGAUGGCCAUGAAUGCCUGUACUGUGGCAAGCUCAAGCCUUCGGUGUUUGGCCUCCAGACGCACAUGAGGGAUAAGGGCCACUGCAAGAUCCCCUUCACAACUGAGGCGGAGCAGCUGGCCAUCGGUGACUUUUACGACUUCCGGAGCACGUACUCGGAUGACGACGAGGACGACGACGACGACGACGCUGUCAAGGGUGGUGCCAAGCUGGGCGCCGCACGUGCGGCCAACUAUGUCAAUGAGGACGGAGAGGAGGUCUCGACGGAGGAGGCCGACGGCUGGGAGACAGACAGCGCAGGAGAGGACGAUGAGCCUUCCGACGCUCGCACUCGUUCUCAGGGCCAGAAGAACGCACGUUCUAUCAUCCAAGACGAGUACGAACUUCACCUGCCGACUGGAAAAUCCAUCGGUCACCGCUCCAUGAACAAGUACUACCGCCAAAACCUCCACAACUACCCGACGCCCGAGGAGCGCGCAGAGCGCGAAGCCAUCGAGGCUGGCAGACCGGAUUCGGACAACGAUGAAGACAAUAAGGUUGCGACCAGGAACGGUCGCAGCUCUAGGGCUGUUGUUCCCCGUGGAGCUGCAGGCAUGACUGGGGUGUCGGAUAAGAAGCGUGAGAACGUGCAGAAGGCCGAGCAGAGAGGCCGCACGAGGGAGGCCGUGGUGUCCAAGAAGAAGGACUACACGGUGGGCAAGAAGCUCAACAACCAGAAGACCUACUACUACCGCUACCUCAACGGUGGUUAG